AUGACUGGAAUGCACAAGCACCCGUUGCUUACACACGUUCCGUUGAUGACAGUCCCGAGUAACUUUGUGAUGGAGUGUGGAGAAGGGGAACUGGUUGUUGAUGAUAGUUUCAUGACCGACUAUGCAAUUCAGAUACAAGCAAUUGGAGCUGCCGCACGAUGGCUGGACGUUGAGGACGGUUGGGAUGGUCCAAAGUACCUUCGUGAAAAGUCGUGGCUGAUCGACAUGCUCGAGCAGGGCUUUCUUCCUGAUCAGAUGACAGGUUCAUCAGAGAAAACCUACUUUACUAAUUAG